CACACCUACCCUGUCUGCACUUUCUCUCAGUGUCCUCUGCCUGCUUGUGGUUCCCAUGGCCCCCAAAAAGCCAGACCCCAAGAAGGAUGAGGCCAAGGCCGCCCCGAAGGCAGCGGCUCCGGCCCCCGCUCCCGCUCCUGCUCCAGAGCCCGAGCGCCCCAAGGAGGCCGAGUUUGAUGCUUCCAAGAUCAAGAUUGAGUUCACGCCGGAGCAGAUUGAAGAGUUCAAGGAAGCCUUCAUGCUGUUCGACCGCACACCCAAGGGUGAGAUGAAGAUCACCUAUGGGCAGUGCGGAGACGUCCUGCGGGCGCUGGGCCAGAACCCCACACAAGCUGAGGUGCAGCGGGUCCUGGGGAAGCCCAAGCAAGAAGAGCUCAACACGAAGCUGAUGGACUUCGACACGUUCCUGCCCAUGCUCCAGCACAUUGCCAAGAACAGGGACACGGGCACCUAUGAGGACUUCGUGGAGGGGCUGCGCGUCUUUGACAAGGAAGGCAACGGCACAGUCAUGGGUGCAGAACUCCGCCACGUGCUGGCCACUCUGGGUGAGAGGCUGACAGAGGAUGAAGUGGAGAAGCUGAUGGCGGGCCAAGAGGACUCCAAUGGUUGCAUCAACUACGAAGCCUUUGUGAAGCAUAUCAUGGCCAGCUGAGCCUCUCAGCUAAGGGAGUCCAGGAGGCCUCGCGGGGGACAGUUCAACUUCACGCAUGCUGCUGACACCAGAAACCAGGGGAAGGAGCCCGGGAGAGGAAGAGCACCGGGAUCCCUGUGCAAGCCUUCAGCCCUUCGACA